GCCUGAUCGCCGCCCGCUUCGUUUUCAAACAAGUACGGAGUAGUAAGCAAACCAAUUCUAAACAUCCAUCAUGUCACAAUCACGCGCCGACACUCUCCAGGCCCAUUUCAGCUCUGCCGAUGGCGCCCCUCGCCCCAUCCUCACAUCGCUCAACGGCGACCACUCAUGGCUGAUAUCAUUUCCUCGCCCGGCGGCCGAACGGGCCCGCACUGGCAGCAAGGCCUACUUCCAUGUCGUGUCCGAGCCCUGGUUGACCGGACGUGCAAGUGUCGGUAACCCCUGGAUCAUGGAGAUACGCACCGAGACGCCAGCCGCCAUCCCCUCUGGUACCGCCGUCGAAGCCGUCAUAGGCGAGAUCGAAAAGGCAGCCGCCUCGGCAAACCUCAUCACCCCUAAUACUGCUCCUACUCACGAGGCCGCCACCGACGAAGCGUCGUCGCCCAUCGACGCAAUCUUCCUCAACUUCCACUACCCAGACCACCUCGACGAGGCGACGCUGCGCACCUUUGACGGCGCAAUUCCCGUUUUCGCCACGCCCGAGGCCGCUGCCAUCGCCCGACGCUGGGGCCACUUCUCCCGCAUCACCGAAACGCGCGACCUCGACUCGGCCGCCCCGACAGACAGCUGGCCGUCGCUCCAUCCGGGCGGCAGUCUCCCCGAGUGGCUGAGCGUGUUCCGCGUGCCGGGCCACCGCGAACUCAACUUUGCCACGGCCGUCGUUUACUCCCACCAGGAUAAUGGGGACAAGACGAGAAAUAAAAUGCAGCACGAGUUGCUACUCUACUCGCCGCACGGCAUCAAGGCGGACCAGCCGACACUGCGGGCGUUGCUGGCGAAUGUAGUCACGGACUCUUCUUCCUCUCCAGACGACGACUCGGAUGCAAGCAUGAUGAGCGUGCUGGCGAUCUUGCACGGGCUCAAGGAGAGCUUCUCGUUUGGCCGCGCGACGGUGCUGGGCGUGGCCGGCGGGCUGGCGCUCGAGCGCGUGGCCGGGCCGCGGUACUGGGUCAAGUCGCAUGAUGCGCGGCUUGGGUACACGGGCGUGCUGCCGUUCCUGGCGCGGACCAACGAUGUCAGAAGGACGAUGCAGUCUGGGUUGGAAGAGGAGGAGGAUAAACUAAAGCUUGAAGGGGAGGGGGAUGUCAAUGGUGGUGGUGGUGGUGGAGAGGGGAGGAGGGAGCCGAAUUUUGUCGAGGUGGAGAACGGGUCGUGUUUUGUUUUACUGUAGAAGGAGGGUUGUUUAACAGCCUAGAGGUAAGUGAUCUCGUGUUCGAGUUGCGUGGUAUGUGAGCUCAAGACGCGCUGUGUUGAUGAGAUGAUGCUUUCCUGUCAGUAAGUGGAAACCAGAUAAUUGCCUUGCCUUGUAUAAGCUUUGGAUACCUCUCAAGCACCAGAUCGUAGCUGUGUAAUGAGGGCGUUUGAUACAUCAUAAUAGGAGUCGGACUUGAAAAGCCCGAGAAUCCGG